AGAAAAAUCCACGUUGUGACCGAAGUGUCCCUAAAUAUCGGUGUAUUUCUCGUAUUUGUGGUCGUUAUUUGUAAAAUAAAUUGGGAAAAUGGUUAAUUCCUCAUCUGUGCAGCAAAUAGGACUUCAACUUGCGGAUCAAAAUCGGUGAGUAUUAAAGGUUAUCAGCUGUUAUCGAUCGACACAAGUCUUGAUUGAAGUUCGUGACCAAAAUUAAGUUAUAAAAAGUUAGAACUUUCUUGCAGCUUUGGAGGCGAAAAAUUCAUUUAUUACAUAACAUUAUAGUCCAGUCCUAGACGACACCUUAUUCAGACAUCAUAAUCGAAUCAACAAAAACUCCUGAAUACAAGCAAGGCAUGAGCUUGUCCGUGAUAACAUGUGUGAAAUUUAUUGAAAUAGGUAUAUGGUUACGUCACCUACAUAUUUACAGAUUUCUGGCUUCUUUCCCGGAUCGUUAGUAUUUUAUUUACAAUUUCCUCUAUAUUUCUCCCAGACCAUUAACAGACAGAUUCCGCGCCCUUUUUACACUAAGAAAUCUUGGUGGACACGAAGCCAUUGACUGCAUUUCAAAUUGUAAGUUAUUUUUAAUUAUGGUACAGUUUGAUGUAUUAAGGCUUACCAGUGUAUGAUCAGAAGUUCUAGUGUGUAGUGGCUUGCGACAAAGUAAUAUAUAGAUCGUAGUCAUUGAAGGAAGCACAGGGAACCCAUUAUGACUCAAACCUGUACUUUUUGAUCAGAGUAUCCCAAGCACUAAUCCCUUUUAGACCACAGUAUCAUUGUUGGGGCUGAACCCUCCCCUCCCUUGGAUCUACCCUUGGAUCCAAUCACUACAUCAUGCUUUCAUGUGAAUUAACCUCAUGUAUUUUCCUCUAGGUUUUGAUGAUCCGUCAGCAUUGCUUAAACAUGAAUUGGCUUAUUGUUUGGGACAAAUGCAGGUAGAGUUUACAUGUACAUGCAUAUUUGCAUACAAAAUGUGGAAAUUGUGAAGAGCUCUUUGCUUGGUACAAUUGGGCCACAGUCACUUUGAAAACUUUUGUCCCAGAUUUUUCUCUAUUAACAAUUCAAAAUGCAAGCUCCACAUUUAAACAAGAUGGCUCAGAGCUCUUUGGUAAACAAGUUUUAUGACAAAAACAACUGACUGCAAUAAAAACAGUAUUGAUCACACCCUGAAAAAUAUUUAUAAACUUUGUAUACUGUACAUGUCUACAUAGAGGCAGAUAAAUAGAGGAUAUUGCAUGGCCGUGCAGGGAUACGAAUUUUAUCUUUGAGUGCUGAAAGUAUCUCUCACUCAUUGGCUUCGCUCACUCAUGAGAGGUACUUUCAGCAUGAGGAGAUAAAAUUUGUAUCCCCCAAGCGGCCAUGUACCGGAGGUAAUGUUCUGUUUAGUUUAUAGAUACUGAUGAAAUUCCUACAUAAAAUACAACUUUUUUUAUUCAUUUUCGAAACAGCAAAAUAGUGCAAUUAAAGUGGUCACCUAUCACAAAAUGCCUGUCACAAAAAUGUUAUGAAACUCGGAUAUAAAGUUAUAAAGGAGAAAUAAAGACAAUAAUACUUUUAUUUUCUGUUCCAAAAAAGUCAAAAUUCUAAUAAAGAAGAGAAAAAUUCUAUAACAACAAAAGCAGGAAGCUUUCUUGUAAUUGGCCAAUCAUGUUAAGAAAACCAUGGCAACACUAAUAUUCUCACACAUGAAAGAUAAAAAUAGUAUCUUCACUGUGCAUGAUGAAGAUAUGAUAUUUUAGUAAAAGGAAAAAUCCUGGUAUUUCAUCAGUAUCUAUAUAAUAAAAAGAAGUUUUUAUAGGUAAGUUAACAUACAUUUGUAUAUGAAGCAAAUUCUAUUUUUUCUCUUUUGCAGGAUGAAUAUGCCAUUCCAGGAUUGAUUAGGUAAAUCAAAUUCAUGGGUUGCAGUCAUCAUAUAUCAUUCAUUUCUCCCCCAAGUUUAUCAGUCAAUCCAAAUGCAUGUUACAAAUAAUUACUUAAAAGAACUUGUUGUGUUCUGACAAUCAUAGAUUUUGCCAUCAUACACCUCAUUGAGAUAAAUUUUUUAAUUGUUUAGAGUCCUUCAAGAUAAAACACAAGAGCCAAUGGUUCGACAUGAGGUACAUCUCCACUCUUUUAUUAUACUGUACAUGUAAAUGCAGAAACUUAAGUCAAAUUAACAAAAGUUAUAUAGAAGUGAUUUAAAAUUAGACUUGCAUAUAUGAUAAUUUUAUUCCAAACACCCACAUGUAAUUGCAUGAAUUAUUUCUCAGUAGUAAGUUUAACUGUUCCAUUAGUUGCAAUGUGAACUUUUUGUUUCUCCUAAUUUCCAGGCUGGUGAGGCACUUGGUGCCAUUGGAUCAGCUGAAGUUCUAGAUGUCCUGAGGGAGUUUGCCAAUGACCCACAGAUAGAGGUACUGCCAAAACCAAUAAAUUGUUGAAAGAAGUAGUAAAUAAACCAGGAUGGUCAAAGGAAGAAAAUAAAAUUUAAUGUUAAAUAGAGUUUAAAAUGUUUCAGUCAGCCUAAAUAUUUAGACAUGAGCCAGAUUGCUUUCUAAUACAAAGAAGAUCUUCCAAAUUAGAUAUCAUUAGCAGCAUCAUUUUUUAAUGUUUUUUAACUUGGUUCAUACCAAUUGUACAAUUUUAAGCAAUGUUUCAUCACUGACUGUAUUUUAUAGCCAGGUAUUUUAUAUAAAUUGCAUUUUCAGGUGGCAGAAACUUGUCAACUUGCUGUUCAGAGAAUAGAAUGGCUGAGAGCAAAAAGUUCUAAAGAAAAUGGUCAGCUAAGGUUGGUGUUACAUAUGUACAUAGAUUCUAGGUUGUGCAUGUUGUCUUGAAUAACCUGUGAAGAACAGGUACUGCAUGUGAUGUUAUGUCCAUUUGUUUGAGUAAGCUUAAAGCAGGGUGCUUUUCAUUUUCAUUUUCAAAUUAACAAAUUUUGUAAAAUAAUUUAUGAAUAUUUCUCUUUCAGCUCAAAUCCUUAUAAAUCUGUUGAUCCUGCACCUCCCUCCCUAACACUGGACACAAACACUUUACAAAACACAUUACUCGAUGAAUCUUGUGAAUUGUUUGACAGAUAUAGGUACAUGACUGUAUAUUAGUCUUGCAGAUGCAUAAUUAAAGUUUAAUUUUUUAAUUUUUUUUUUCGUUGUUAUUUUUGUUAUUCCCAUUGUUUUUGUCAUUGCUAUCAUCAUCAUCAUCAUCAUUAUCAAUAGUAGUAAUUUAGUUGUGGUUAACCCUUUGACCUUUACCCCUUUAACUCCUAAGAUUUGAUAAAUUCUCCCCUCAUGCUACUACACAUUUCCUUGUAAAUUAGUUAUGAGAAUUUGGCGUAAGGUCAAGACAACAACUUCUACCUGAUUAGUUUUCAUAUUCUUAUUGCCUGUUUGUUGGAUAAUGUAUGGAUAUUUUAAAGAGAAGUUACAUGUUAAUCACUUCUGGGAGUAAAAGGGUUAAGAGUGACUGGCAUCUUAUUUCUCCUAAAAGUAUCACCCCUUGAAUCACUCAUUAAGGAAAUUAUACGAUAUUUCAUUUGAUAUUUGCUCAGUAAAAUAAUUUCAGAUUCUGACACUGCUCAUUGCCUACCUCAUCAAAGAAUUAUCGCACAGAGGCAAUCAAUGCAUUUAUAAUCUCUAUAAGUUGUUCUUUUUAAUGGGUUUUGCAAUUUCAAUCUCUCUUUACCUUUGACUCUGUUACAUAUCUCUUCCUCUUAGGGCAAUGUUUUCAUUGCGUAACAAGGGAGAUACUGAAUCAGUGCAGGUAAGUCGUGGCUUUUUUUGUUGUUUGAUAGUUAAUAUAAGAUGUACUUGUAGUGUAACAUUAAUUGCACAAAAUGUGAGUAUUGCACCUCACCAUAAUCACAAUAUCUGCAUCAAUCUUCAACGAGUAACAACCAUGUAUACCUGGUAUACAUCAUUAAAAAAGAAAGCUAAAUGAUGAAGAGGAAGAUAGGAUAUAACAAUGAUCUUUGAAGUCAAAGGGGGCGACAGUUAUAUCUUGAUGUUUGGUUCUUGGCUUAAUCUUUAUUUUCUUAAAAUUGUAAACUUUCUAAAUUAAAUUCAUUCUUCCUUUUUAGGCCUUGGCUAAAGGUCUUAAGUGCAGCAGUGCAUUAUUCAGACAUGAGAUUGGUGAGUUACAAUCAUAACCAUUUUUGUUAAUUCACUUCCUUCACUUCAAUGAAGUAACUGGAGGAAUUUACAGAAUCAGGAUUCAGUAUUUCAGUUGCAGUAACUGUUAUGAAACUCAGUAGCUCACACAAUUUGCACCUGAUUCUAUCUUUGUAGCAUAUGUCCUUGGUCAGAUGCAACAUGAGGCAGCCAUUCCACAGCUUAUAGAGGUGGGUCAUAUAUUUGCAAUCAACUCCACAACGUUGUAAAAUUUGUCUGUUUGAACAUGUUUAUUUUGUGGCAUAGUUUCAUCAAAGUCUUGCUUUUCAAGCUCUCCUAUUCCACAAUUUCCCUUCCUCACUUUGCCAUCUGUGAUAACCACUUUGAUUUCAAAUUCAAAUUACUCUUAGCAAGUUCUUCAUAUGGGGACAUUUCUCUGCUAAUAAAAAAACUGACUUAAUCACAAUUUUUUCAUCAAUAGAAUCUUGAAGAUUUAAAUGAAAACCCGAUGGUGAGACAUGAAUGUGCUGAGGCACUUGGUUCAAUAGCUAAGGUUUGUACAUUGUAUGUUGGAAGCAAUUAAUUUAGUAAUUUAAAUGAUGUUGAGAUUUUACGCAUUUUCUCAUGGAGAGAAUUCCACAUACACGUAGUGUUCAUAAUUAUCAUGCAAUUAGCAAUUACCAAACGGUUUAGUUUUAUGAAAAAUAAAUAAGACUAAGCCUUAAAAUGUUGCAUGAAAGAGGUGAGAUUUUGUGCAUGGCUUAAAAAAUUGCAAUUAUUAUAUUUUUAAGUUCUUGAUAACUGUCUUAUAAUAGUUGAUUCCUAUUUCAAUACCACUCAAGUGAAAGAAGGUUCACUAAGGGUAGCUCAAGAUUUGAAAGGUGGAGGACUUUCUUAAAGGAAAGUCCAUUUUUUUAAUUCCUAAGUACUUCAAUAGGGUUACAGUGGAAUCUUUCCAUAAUUUAAAAACCCUUCAUCGACAGCCUUCCAAUAUGAAUAGUUCAUUUCUUUCAGUAACUACUAAUUUGUGAUUGUUUCUUCUCAGGAUCAGUGUUUAACAGCCUUGGAAAAGUACUCAAAAGAUCAAGAAAGAGUUGUGAAGGUUUGUGUCCUCUUUGGAAAUGUUUAUCACUAAAAGUGUAAUUUUAACAUUCAAACAGCAGUGUAGGUGUUAAAUCUACUCUUUCAUUUCCUUUUUCAGGAAAGUUGCGUUGUGGCUUUAGACAUGUAUGAUCAUGAGCACAGCAGUGAGUUUCAGUAUGCUGACUCACUUGUCAAAAUCAGUGAACAGUAAAAAAUGGACAUAAAAAGUUGCCAUUAAUAGAUGAUGUACAUCAUCAUGGCCAAGUGAACUAGCAACCAAGAGCUUCAGACAAGCUCUUAACCCUUUAACUCCCAGAAGUGAUCAACAUGAAACUUCUCCCUAUAAUAUCCUUACAUUAUGCAGUAAAUAGGUAAUGAGAAUCAGGUAGAAGUUGCCAUCUUGAUUUAACACCAAAUUCUCAUUACUAAGUUACAAGGAAAUGUGUAGCAGCCAAAAGGGAGAAUUAAGAAUCUGAUCUUGGGAGUUAAAGGGUUAAGAGGCUUCUCAACUGCCACAUUGCCACAAUGCUGUUAAAGAUACUAUAAAGAGAGGCAGAGAUUAGGAGAGACAAUGGUACUGACUAUCUGACACUUGCAUCUAAUUUCUCCUUACAAUUUCACCCCUGAAUUACACAUUUAGGUCACUAGAAUAAAGGAAAUAAUCUUUAACUUAAGAAACUGUUGAUUGUGAAACAAAUUCUCCUUGUCAGCACCUUCAGAAAUGUAUAGAGAACAGUAUGGAGAAUAUGUAUACUGAUCUCUGUAUGUAAAGGCUUAUUACCGGUAUAGCUUCCUCGCCCCAUUUUCUUGGAAGAUGAAAUCAUUUCUGUUCAAACAUGUACUUCUCCAAAAAAAACAGUGCCAGUUAGUGUGUGUUAGAGUUUUGGUCAGGGGAAAAAAAGGCCUUUGCUGUUUCCUCUUGCCUAGCAUCAUAUGCCAGUUUUAACACUUGUCUCUGCUGACCUGAAACUGGCCAGGUGACCAACAUCAACAACAUUACCACCACCAAAGAACUCACAUCAGACAAACAUUCAAUUCUGAAUAAAGUUAACUUGUUAUUACUUAAUAAAUAUUGUCCAUCUCAAAAUUUUAAGAUUAAUAUAAUGGUAAUAUGACUGAGUGAAGUCCAAUUCAAUCUGUAAUCAUAUGAAUGAUUAACAAACUAGGCCUACUGCAAAAUAGGAGAUUGAUUUGUUUAUCAUGAGUAUGAUUACUGACAAAAUUGGACAACACAAACUCUUGUUACCAAUUAAUCAAAACUAUGACAAAAUUUGAGAUGGAACCUAACAUCUGUUAUACGUGUUCAUGAAAAAAAAAAAACAACAUCAGUUACCUCAGCAACAUGUAAGACAACAGCAAGCGCACAUGAUGCAUUCUGUCCACUUACAUAGGCAUGGUGUUUUACUGUCCCUUUAACUGUGCUAUUAACAAUGUCCAAUUACAAGCAUGAAGCAUACACCAUCCUAUUACUGCUCAAAUGGGGCAGGUUAUAACCAAUCAUGUUCCAGAAUUUUGUCAUAGUUUUGAUUAUAAGUUAAAAAGAACAGAAUAGCAUCAUAAUGAACAGAUAAAAAAAAUAUACCUCAUUUAUUAAAUGAGAACAGGUUUAUGUAAGGACAUGUUUAUCACUUGAAUACGAAAAAUGAAACAGAAAUUAAUUCAGGAAGUCCAUUUAUUCCAAGUAAUCCUUCGAAAUAUAAAUUUGCAGACUCAAGUAAAAAGGAAAUACAUGGCAUUUAGUGAACUAUUAAAUUGUUGCCAAAUGUAUUAAGGUUCAAGCAAAACCCAUGCACCAUAACAUGAAAGUUAUAUUGUUUUCAAUCAGUUUCCAGCACUGUUGUCUUUUCCCUAUCUUACCUAUGGUGCAAUAGUUAUGAUGUUAAAACUUAAUAAUGCAUGC